AUAAUGAAACAACACUUUUUAAUCCAUUUAGUCGAAUAUUUAGGUGUAAACAGUUUAUUCAAAAUGAAGUACAUUACAGUGUCGGUUGUAUUUUUGGUGCUGACUCAAACUAUCGUUGCCAAUUACUUAACAUAUGAAAAAUGCGCGCUGAAAGACUCUGAAUGUUUAUUAAAGCAAGCGCGGGCUGUACUUCCUUCUUUCGUGCAAGGUAUACCGGAGCUUGGUAUCAAAAAGUUGGAUAAAUUACAUAUGGAUAAAAUUACUAUCGAUAUACCAGGUAUUUACGCUGAGUUGACGAAUUUAGAAAUUGGAGGCUUGAGUAAAGCAACCAUUGACGACGUCAGCAUCAACGUGCCAUACAAACUUCUGCGUAUAUCAUUCAAUACGCCGAACCUACAUACUGAGUUUGAUUACAAACUUAACGGAACAUUAUUUGGAUUUCCGGUUUUUGGUGAAGGGAAAGGACAACUUAGUUUGAAGAAUUUACAAACAGAGUUACUGAUUAUUUUCGAUAUUGUUAAAAACGAUCAAGGUGAUGACAUUCUCGAGUUCAAGUCAUUUAUGUAUGGCGCGGAUGCGAUUGACGGCUUGCAUGCCAAAUUGGAAAAUAUGUACAACGGGGACAAGGAAAAGAGUGAUAUGUAUCAUGAAAUAGUCAAUAAAAACUGGCGAAUAAUAGCAACAAACUACGGCAGAUGCUUCACUUCUAAAUUCAUGGAGGAACUCGUCGAAGUUUUCAAGACUUGUAUCUGUCAGCCUUUAAAGGACAUAGCGAUUUGGCCGGAGCAAGAAUUGCACUAGAGUUAGUAGGAAUAGGGAAAGAACAUCAGUUCCGUUAGCCCUAUUCUCUGUUUCAGGAUCACACAUUGCAAAUAACAAACAAAAGUAAACUUAUGUCGUUGG